AUGGCUAUUAGGAAUUUAUUGUUGUUAAGUCAGUUGACUGGUUAUAUUAUUGCAUUAAUAUUAUCAUUAUGUAUUACAAUUCCUAUGAGUUUACAUCAAGAUGAAUUUAAAGGCCACUGUUUAUUAUUUUCAACGGGUGAAUGGCAAGAAUCCGAUGGUCAAUUUGUUGUAAAAUGGGCAUCGCAAGCUUUUUGUAAUUAUAUUAUACUUGUGGGCGUGAUACUUUUCGUUUCAUCUGCGUUUCAAAUAUACAGAAUGUCAGUGUUUGUAUAUAAGGGAACCGACAGUAGUUUUUUAUCCGCUUUUCUUGACGUUAUAGGUUGUUUAUUGUUAUGUUUAAUGACAAUAAUAGCAGCCUUGAUUGUUACAUUAGGUUUUACACAAUGGUGUAAUGAAAUGAUAAGAAGAUUUCCAUCAUGCGAUUUAGCAGCUGGAAAUGCUAUAGAUAAACAAGAUGGUAUAGACACGACAGGGUUUUAUAUUGAAAUAGGAGUAGCACAAUUUGCCAUUUGGGGAUCUUGGGCUACAUGGGUGGGUCUUUCUGUUUGUUCAAUAUUAAAAUUAUGUCGGUAUCAUCAAUUGGAAAACAUUAAAGUUAGCAUGUACAGAGAAAGGCAAAAAUUAAUCAAUGAAGUUCCCGGGUCUUCCUCAGGGGAUCCGAGCAGUAAUUUUGACGAUAUUGUUCCCGGGUCAAAGGAAUAA